AAUAUUUCAAGUGCCUUAAAUUGUCAUAAUCUUCAGUAUUUUUGGUGCUUUAAUCGAAGACGGAUUGGAGAAAAAUUAAAACAGAAAAUGUUGAAUAAAAUAAUAUCAACUUUAGUGACCUUAGCAGUCACUUUUAGUCCAUCACACCAGCUUCAAAAUCUUUGUGGAUCAGAUCCAGCUGUCACACAUGUUGCAGAUCCAUCAAGCUGCCAUCUUUACAUAGUUUGUGAUCGAAUCAAUGGUACUGUUGUUCCUCGUCAUGCCUCAUGCUUUGGUUCUAGUGCUGAUUAUGUCAAUUCCGAUGCUAGCAAUGGCGUGUUUUGCAUAAAUUCAAAUAGUCAUUGUAUUAGUCCUCAGUGGUUGUGUCCGAAUGUACCGGAAGAUGAUAUUAUGGUUGCAGAUCCAUACGACAGAAGCUGUCGCCGUCAUCGACCAUGCCGUAAUUUAAGUGGAAACUUUUCAGAAUGUUCAGGCUCACUUGUCUUUAACAGAAAUACAGGAUUAUGUGACUUACCAAGCAAUGCACCAUGCAGCCGAGUUCCACUUCCAGUUCAAUGUCCAGCAGGAUUCACAGGCUUCUAUCCUGGAAAUUUCUGCUUUCAAUAUGUUUACUGUCAAAAUGGAGGAGUUUUGUUGACUUUGGAGUGCAAUGCUGGGAUGUACUUUAAUGAGGAUGCAGGAAGUUGCUUGUAUGAUUCUGUGUAUGAUCCAAUGUGUCCCAGAAGUUUGUGAUUUUUGUCAAACAAAAUGCUAAGCAUAUGCCAAAAUAAUCCUCAACCCGUCUUCAUCUUAAUUCAAUUAAAACAAAAGAACAUAAAAUUUCACUUCAUAAACCCGACAUUAAUUACAUCAAGAACAUCCUUUACAUCCUUUUGUCUCACACUAAUCCUCCAUUAAAGGCUUAAAGUUCUCUCCCACAUACCCAUCGUGUUGAACAUUUAUUCACUUACAAGUCAUUUUGAAUGUCAGACGAUAGACUAUCAAGUGGCGAUGUUUCAAGUUACAAUGUAAGUGCUGCUCAUAAUUAAAUUGUUGUGAUUAUUUUGUCAGAAUUUUUUUAAAAUUUUAAAAACUUUAAAACAAUUUUGAAAAUCUUAAACUAUUUAAAAAGUUAAAAUAACAUCAAAAAUUUAAAAAACAAUAAAUUAACCCUCAAAAAAGGUUUUAAAAUAUGAAAUUUUUA